UUUACUAAAAAUAAAAAAUCCAGAUCCUAUAAAUAGAUGUGCAAGUAUUGUGAUUACUCAAUCCUCUCCAAGGACCCUAUGGAUCUUGCUUUCAAUUUCCAAACUAUUUCUGCAAUAUUAGCUUUAUUGAUUGUAUAUACUGUUUUUAGGUCUAUUACAACAAAGUACAAGUACAACAAAGUGCCUGAACCAUGUGGUGCUUUACCUUUCGUAGGUCACCUCCAUCUUCUAAAUGCUAAUGAACCAUAUUUUAGGACCUUUUCAGCUAUGGCUGAGAAAUAUGGUUCAAUCUUCUCCCUCAGGCUUGGUUGCCACAACACCUUAGUUGUGAGUAACAGGGAAAUUGCCAAAGAAUGCCUCAUAACAAAUGACAAAGCUUUUGCUUCAAGGCCAAGCAUAGCUGCUGGGAGAUACAUGGGUUACAACAAUGCCGUUUUGGGUCUUGCCCCUUACGGAAAAUACUGGCGUGACAUGAGAAAAAUUGCCACUCUCGAGAUUCUUUCAAGUUACAGGCUUGAAAAGCUUAAGCAUGUUAGAGACAUAGAAAUAUUUUCUCUUGUCAAAGAUUUGUACAACUCGUUAUCAUUUGCAAAGAAUGAGAGUAAUUCAAUUGAAGUUCCUCUAAGCAAUUUUUUGGAACACAUGACAUUUAAUUAUAUUGUGAAGAUGAUAGCAGGGAAGCGAUUUAGAACUGAAACCAUAGGGCAAGAAGACAGUGAGGCAUGGAGAUUAAGGAGGGCUAUCAAAGAUGCUACAUAUCUCAGUGGUGUUUUUGUGAUGGCUGAUGCUAUUCCUUAUCUUGGUUGGUUUGAUUUUCAAGGGUAUGUGAGUUUCAUGAAGAGGACUUUCAAGGAAAUAGAUCUGAUUCUUGAUAAGUGGAUGAAUGAACAUGUGAGAAACAGAGUUCAAGAUGAGAAUGGUGGAUGUGAGCAUGACUUCAUGGAUGUGUUGAUAUCCACGUUUGAAGAGCAUGAUGUGUUUUGUGGCCACAAGCGGGAGAUAGUGAUAAAAGCAACGGCACUGAUUCUUAUCCUUACUGCCUCAGGAAGCACAGCCAUAACACUAACAUGGGCACUUUCCUUGCUUCUAAACCAUCCAAGUGUCCUAAAGGCUGCAAAACAAGAGCUAGACACCAAAAUAGGAAAAGACAAAUGGGUUCAGGAAUGUGACAUCAAAGACCUCAAUUAUUUACAAGCCAUUGUCAAAGAGACCCUUCGUCUAUACCCACCAGCACCCUUAACAGGAAUUAGGGAAGCCAUUGAUGAUUGCUACGUGGCAGGUUACCAUGUCCCAAAAGGCACUCGUUUGCUUAUUAAUCUAUGGAAGUUACAGAGAGACCCAAAAAUAUGGUCCAACCCUGAUGAGUUUCAACCUGAGAGGUUCCUCACCACUCAUGUAGACCUUGAUUUUCAGAGUCAUAACUUUGAGUUUAUCCCAUUUAGCUUUGGAAGAAGGUCAUGUCCUGGCAUGACAUUUGGGCUGCAAGUGGUUCACUUGACUCUGGCUCGGUUGCUUCAAGGGUUUGAUAUAUGCACAAAAUCAGGUGCUCCAGUUGAUAUGAAUGAAGGUUUAGGAGUGGCCUUGCCUAAGGAAAACACACUUGAAGUUGUGCUCCAUCCUCGUCUUCCAUUGGAGCUUUACGAAAGUCUGAAGUAAAAAUAAGAGGAAAUACUUUUUUUUGGUCCUUAUCAAAAUUUACGAUACCCGCUUUAGUUCCUAACAAAUAAAAAGGCUCAUUGUGGUCCUUAAAAAAUUCAAAUAGACUCAUUUUAGUCCUUAUAAGGACUAAUAUGAGUCUUUUUUUAAUUUGUGAGGGACCACAAUUUCAACUAAAUGGGUCCAUUUUAAAUUUCUUAGAGACUACGAAGGGUCUUUUUAUUUGCUAGGGACUAAAAUGAGUAUCGUGAAAUUUGCUGAAGACUAAAAAUGAUAUUUACUCUAAAAAUAAAGAAGGGGUAGCACAGAUCAUGUAGAUCAACUGGCUUUGACGAGGUUCUGUUGUCCUGUCCGGCCGAAUUAAUUGAUGAAUCGGUGAAGAAAUAUAAAAAUAAAUAAAUAAGAGGUGUAAAAAAUGAAAUUAAGCGAGUUAUAUCUUUAUAAUUCUAGUGUGUGUAACACAAAGUUAGCGUCUGAGUGUUGAAAAUUCAUCCCUGAGAUGAAGCCAAAAAUAAUUUGCUUCUGGGUUGCGUGUCUUGUUACUCUA